GGUAUCGAUAAGCUUGAUCGCUGGCACCCACUCCCGCCUACUACACCAUUUCCACGAACAGGUGCACUUCACUGGACUGCAUCAACGCCACCGUCCCCACCAACAUCAAUGACAGCACCGCGCUCGUCAAGCCCACGUACGCUGCUUACACCAACAUCAUCACCAUGACGGGCCGCGGCAAGCCUGGCGGCUCCGCCACGCCUGUGGCCCCUACCUCCAGCACGCCACCCAGCAAGCCCACCGGGAUGUCGCUUGCAGCUGCGCUCGAGAAGCGCAUGCAGUCCACAUCUCAGCGCUCUACCCGUGUCACCCACGCCCACCUGCCCAGCACUGCGGGCGAGCACAGCCUUUCAGGAUGGGUGGUCACCGUGCUGGCAGGCGCCGCCAACGCCGCGCACCCUGCAAUUCACGCCGUGGGCGUCCAGUCUGACCGAGUCCAUAUCUUAGGUGAUGACGGCACCAUCCGCGCUGUGAGCGACAGGUGCAACGUUGUGCUCAACAUCAUCAGCGUCGUCAUGGACAACUCGCGCCGCUACCACGUGCCUCACCACAUCACGAUUACGAACCUCCAUGGUGGAGUGAACCAACAAUUCAACCCCGCAGUCGGCGCGAAUCUGGCAACCUCACCUCGUUCGGUGGUGGUGCUGACUGCACCUCCCAACAUGGUGCCCUCGCUUCGUGUGCCCAUCAACUUCCUUACACCCCUCCAUGCCGUGUUCAACGAGAACCUCAUCGUCAUCCCUCCCCGUCUUCCUGCUGCCGCCGCUGACCCUGCGCUACCUGCCAUUGCUGAGGAUGCUGGUGCCGUCGGUGCCACUGCUGGUGCAGCCGCUGCUGCUGACGCUGCGCCCGCCGCCAUCGCUGGCGCUAUGCUGCAGCCGCCAGCAGGAGAUGACGAUGGUGACUUACAGCUCGAGGACGUCCCAAUCUUCUACGCAGGCCUCCUCAACGCCCUGGUGCGCCGCCCCUCUGUCACGGCCCAGAUCGUCCUCUCGCUCCGCACACCCACCUCGCGCCGCGCCAUCCUGAACAAGCUGCGCGAGCCCACGGCCGGCCGCCGUGCUCUGUUCCUGAUGGCCGCGCAAAACCGCGGCUCGGCCACGCCUGUGGCCCCUACCUCCAGCACGCCACCCAGCAAGCCCACCGGGAUGUCGCUUGCAGCUGCGCUCGAGAAGCGCAUGCAGUCCACAUCUCAGCGCUCUACCCGUGUCACCCACGCCCACCUGCCCAGCACUGCGGGCGAGCACAGCCUUUCAGGAUGGGUGGUCACCGUGCUGGCCGGCGCCGCCAACGCCGCGCACCCUGCAAUUCACGCCGUGGGCGUCCAGUCUGACCGAGUCCAUAUCUUAGGUGAUGACGGCACCAUCCGCGCUGUGAGCGACAGGUGCAACGUUGUGCUCAACGUCAUCAGCGUCGUCAUGGCAGACAACUCGCGCCGCUACCACGUGCCUCACCACAUCACGAUUACGAACCUCCAUGGUGGAGUGAAUCAACAAUUCAACCCCGCAGUCGGCGCGAAUCUGGCAACCUCACCUCGUUCGGUGGUGGUGCUGACUGCACCUCCCAACACGGUGCCCUCGCUUCGUGUGCCCAUCAACUUCCUGACACCCCUCCAUGCCGUGUUCAACGAGAACCUCAUCGUCAUCCCUCCCCGUCUUCCUGCUGCCGCCGCUGACCCUGCGCUGCCUGCCAUUGCUGAGGAUGCUGGUGCCGCCGGUGCCACUGCUGGUGCCGCCGCUGCUGCUGACGCUGCGCCCGCCACCAUCGCUGGCGCUAUGCUGCAGCCGCCAGCAGGAGAUGACGAUGGUGACUUACAGCUCGAGGACGUCCCAAUCUUCUACGCAGGCCUCCUCAACGCCCUGGUGCGCCGCCCCUCUGUCACGGUCCAGAUCGUCCUCUCGCUCCGCACACCCACUUCGCGCCGCGCCAUCCUGAACAAGCUGCGCGAGCCCACGGCCGGCCGCCGUGCUCUGUUCCUGAUGGCCGCGCAAAACCGCGGCGAGGAGAUAACCGCGACAAUGGAGACCGGUAUCAUGGGCGUCACGCCCGACACUCCGCUCCUGAUCCACAUCCUAGUCGAGCUCCUGGUGCAUGACCAAAACAUGCUCACGCUCAACUCCAACAUCGACCAGGCCGCCUUCACCAGCCACGCGCCGGUGUAUGGUGCCUUCAUGCCAGUGGUGCUCGACAACAACAACCUCAUCGGCUACCUGCUGUCGGCCGCGCUGGCUGCAUACGAUGGCACCCUGGUCACCAUGCCGCCUGAUGUGGCGCGCGUCGUCUACGGAGCGCAGCUGGACGCCGUACUCGCUUGGGCCGCGCAGUCCGCUGGCUACGAGCCGCAGCACGCCCGGAUCGGCCGUUGGACUAUCGCGGGCGCCACCGUGCAGGCGCAGCUGCCGUAAUGCUGAUUACUCCUCCACGACUGAUUACGCCUCCACCUCUGCUUAGAACCAACCUGCAUUCCUCGCUUUCAUGCGCAGCAUGUGUGCACGGAGGCGUUUGUGAAGUGCUUGGUAGUGCGCGCAAAUGCGCUAUUGAAAAGCUGUGGCUGUUGCGUAGAUGUAUCUUC